AUGGCGCCAUCCAAAGGGAAAGGGAAACGAAGCCGCCGCACGUCGAGCGUCGCACCUCCAGCGUCACUAGUGCCACUGCCACGCAUUGUAUCAGAUACAGACAAUGUUACUGAUGCACGGCCACGUGUUCAGGAGCUUUUUCGUAUGUUGAAUGAUGCUAAUGCGCCUGCUUUGGGUGUUCAUACUGAUGGUUGUGUCGCCCUUUGGAACCCACGUAUGGAAGAUAUGACGGGAUUUGAAGCGAUCUAUGUGAUUGGUCGACCAUUAGCUGAUUUUGUGUACGGUAUGCAACGGAAACAGGAAGUGAUUGAGAUACUGGAGGCUUGUAUUGAAACCAAGAGACCGGAAUUAGAGCUACGUAUUCCACUACGGAAUACAAAGGGACGAAAUGCUCAAGUCCUGACGAAUAUGACACCACUCUUGGCUGAGGAUGGCUCGUGUAUUGGUGUCUAUGGUGUUGGUCAAGAUGUUACAGAGUGGGCGAGUCAGGAGAAACAGUAUGCGACAGUGAUGAUGCAGGCCAAUGCACCAAUCAUUGAAUUGGAUAAAGAAGGCAAUAUUACUGUCUGGAAUACCAAAACAGCAUCCAUGACGGGUUAUACCAGUGCUGAUAUGGUUGGUGAACCACUGCUACCUGUCGUGGACGAAAGUUUCCGCAAGAUCGUGUCGGAAAAGAUUGGUCAGGCAUUGACAGGCACUCCUGGUGCUGAUUUUGAACUGCCUCUUGUAACAGCGAGAGGGUCGAGAGUGGAAAUUGUGCUGUGCUUGACGCCGAGAUUUGACACUCUGGGAUCAGUCAUGGGGGUCGUUGCUAUUGGACAAGAUGUGACCGAAAGGAACACGAAGGAGAUGGAGUACAGAAAACUUAUUGAGACGGCGAACGCGCCAAUUUUUGGUGUAGAUACGGAAGGACGGGUCGUGAUUUUUAAUGCCAAAGCAGCACAGAUUAGCGAGUACGCACCGGAAGAAGUUAUGGGUGUGGAUCUAGUAGAUACACUUAUUUCGGAAGAUUUUCGACCUGCCGUUGCUGCUGUUUUUCAUAGCGCAUUUCAGGGAACGGAAACCGCAAACUUUGAGUUUCCAUUGGUGAACAAAACUGGUCGAAAAGUAGAGAUUCUGCUGAACGCGACACCUCGAUAUGAUCACACAGGCAAACUAGUGGGUGUCGUUGGGAUUGGACAGGACAUCACGGAUCGUAUUAUUCAGGAGAAGGAGUACAGUCGGUUGAUUGACACAGCUAAUGCUCCAAUUUUUGGUGUGGAUUUGAACUAUAAGGUAAUAAUCUGGAAUAAGAAAGCAGCAGCAAUUACAGAAUACACAAAUGAAGACACAAUUGGUCAGGAUCUGUUCAAGUUCAUAUCUGAAGACUACCGGGAUGCCGUUGCUGAGGUUUUUUUAAAAGCCCUUGAAGGAACAGGAACAGCAAAUUUUGACUUUCCACUAAUCACAAAAAGUGGUCGCCGACUUGAGAUCUUGCUCAAUGCGACACCGAAGUACGAUCAUUUUGGCAACAUUUGUGGAGCUGUUGGAAUUGGUCAAGACAUUACAGACAGACGCGCUCAAGAGCAGGAGUAUACACGUCUUAUUGAUACAGCUAAUGCGCCAAUCUUUGGAGUGGAUGAAAAAGGGUGUGUGAAUAUUUGGAACCGUAAAGCCGCUGACACAACACAGUACUUUAAUGAAGAAGUACUUGGGGCCAACUUAGUCGAGAAUUUUAUUCCAGAGGAUUUUAGGGAGGCAGUGUGGACAGUAUUAUCUCAGGCACUGGAAGGACAAGAGACGGCAAACUUUGAAUUUCCGCUGAUCACAAAGGACGGCCGUCGUGUGGAGAUUUUGCUAAACGCUACGCCGCGCUACAACGAAAAAGGUGUUGUGAUUGGCGUUGUUGGUAUCGGGCAAGAUAUCACCAUUCGAAUGGCUCAGGAGCAGGAAACAAAUCGGCUAAUCCACGCGGCAAACGCUCCAAUAUUUGGUGUUGAUCGGGACGGCUUGGUGAACAUUUGGAAUCUUAAAGCAGCAGAAAUCACUCAGUACUUUGCCGAAGAAGUUAUGGGAAAGGAUCUAGUCAACCGCUUUGUUGCGGAAGAAUAUCGAGCCACGGUUCAGUUGGAGCUGCAAAGAGCCCUCAAAGGAGAGCAGACAAGCAAUUUCGAUUUCCCGCUUAUCACCAAAACGGGGAGGCGAGUUGAGAUUUUGCUGAACGCAACUCCCAGGUAUGAUGAGCUUGGCCAGAUCUUUGGUGUUGUGGGCAUUGGUCAAGACAUUACAGAGCGAAUUGCGCAGGAGCAGGAACUCAUUCGCUUAAUUGAUACUGCCAAUGCCCCGAUCUUUGGAGUUGAUUCGGAAGGAUGUGUGAACAUUUGGAACAAAAAGGCUGCUGAGAUUAUGCAGUAUCCAGCCGAUGCCGUCAUGGGCGAGCACCUUGUAGAGAAGUUCAUUACUAAAGACUACCAGGAGGCUGUGAGUUAUGUACUUUCUGAAGCUCUUAACGGUGUUGAAACUGCAAAUUUUGAGUUUCCAUUGAUUACAAAAACGGGUCGAAGAGUCGAGAUCCUUUUGAAUGCUACACCACGGUACAAUGAACAUGGAACAGUCAUUGGCAUGGUUGGUAUCGGACAAGAUAUCACGGACCGGAUUGCACAAGAGCAAGAAUACAUGAGGUUGAUUGAUACUGCCAACGCACCGAUUUUUGGAGUGGACUCUGAUGGACACGUCAAUAUAUGGAAUCGAAAAGCAGCGAAUAUUAUGCAGUUUACAAACGGGGACGUGUUGGGCAAGGAUCUUGUUGCUGAGUUCAUCUCCGAGGAAUAUAAGGUUCCCGUUCGCUGCGUAUUGGAGAAAGCAUUUCAAGGUGAGGAGACGGCCAACUUUGAGUUUCCGCUGAUUACAAAGUCUGGCCGGCGAGUGGAAAUAUUGCUGAACGCGACCCCGCGUUACAAUGAGCAAGGAGAGGUGAUGGGUAUGGUUGGAAUUGGUCAAGAUAUUACGGACCGGAUUGCCCAAGAGAAAGAAUACAUGCGCCUUAUUGACACAGCCAACGCUCCAAUUUUUGGCGUUAAUUCCAAUGGUCUAGUAAAUAUAUGGAAUCGAAAGGCUGCAGACAUUAUGCAGUACACUACUGAAGACGUACUUGGUAAGGACCUCGUUGCUGAGUUUAUUUUAAAAGAGUAUCAAGUACCAGUUCGCAGUGUUUUGGAGAAGGCAUUUGAAGGAGUGGAGACAGCUAACUUUGAGUUUCCAUUGAUUACAAAGGCGGGCCGACGAGUGGAGAUUUUGUUGAAUGCUACUCCACGCUACAAUGAGCAAGGUGAGGUGAUGGGCAUGGUGGGUAUUGGGCAGGAUAUAACAGACCGCAUUGCCCAAGAGCAAGAGUAUAGCCGCUUGAUCGACACGGCCAAUGCCCCUAUUUUUGGCAUUGAUGCCAACAUUCAUGGGAAAAAAUACGUUGAAACGUUUAUCGCUCGCGAGUACCAAGCUAUCGUGUAUGACAUUAUGUCGAAAGCAUUGCAUGGAGAUGAAACGGCAAGUUUUGAGGUGCCAGUGAUUACCAAGACCGGCCGAAAGCUAAACAUCUUGCUGAACGCUACAGCUCGUUUUGAUCAGCAUGGACGCAUUGUUGGUGUCGUGGGGAUUGGUCAGGAUAUCACUGAUCGAAUUGCACAGGAGGAGGAAUACGCGAGACUAAUUGACUCUGCCACCGCGCCAAUUUUUGGCGUUGAUGCCCAUGGUCUCGUAAAUAUUUGGAACAAAAAGGCAGCUGAGAUUACGCAGUACACACCAAAUGAUGUAAUGGGCAAAAAUUUGGUGAAAAAAUUUAUUACAGAGGAUUACCGCGAAGCGGUGGGUCUUGUGUUGUCGAAGGCCUUGGAAGGCGUCGAGACGGCAAAUUUUGAGUUCCCCUUGAUGACAAAGUCUGGUCGUAGGGUGGAAAUACUUUUGAACGCUACGCCGAGGAACGACGAACAUGGAGAAGUGAUUGGCAUGGUUGGCAUUGGACAGGAUAUUACUGACCGGAUUGCGCAAGAGAAGGAAUACAUGCGUCUUAUUGAUACGGCAAAUGCCCCAAUUUUUGGCGUAGACUCAAAUGGUUUGGUGAAUAUUUGGAAUCGGAAGGCUGCUGACAUUAUGCAGUACACGACUGAAGACGUACUAGGAGAGGACCUUGUGGCGAAGUUUAUUUCUGAAGAGUAUCGAGUCGCCGUUCGAUGUGUUCUGGAAAAAGCUUUUGAAGGUAUAGAGACAGCGAACUUUGAGUUUCCAUUAAUUACAAAGGCAGGCCGACGAGUAGAAAUUCUGCUUAAUGCUACGCCUCGUUAUAACGAACAGGGCGAAGUGAUGGGCAUGGUGGGUAUUGGUCAGGAUAUUACAGAUCGUAUUGCGCAGGAACAAGAGUAUGGCCGACUUAUCGAUGCGGCAAAUGCCCCGAUUUUUGGUAUUGACGCCAACAUGUGCGUAAAUAUUCUGAAUAAUAAAGCGGCGCAGAUCACAAAUUACGCAGUCGAGGACGUUUUGGGGGAGAAAUACGUAGAAACGUUUAUUGCGCCUGAGUAUCGGGCAAUUGUUUAUGAUAUCAUGUCAAAUGCACUGAAAGGAAAUGAAACCGCUAGUUUUGAAGUGCCGGUGAUUACAAAGAACGGUCGAAAACUGAACAUUUUACUGAAUGCAACCGCCCGCUUUGAUCAACACGGAGACAUCGUUGGUGUUGUCGGUAUCGGUCAGGAUAUUACUGAUCGGAUUGCUCAAGAGCAGGAAUACGCCAGACUUAUUGACUCAGCGAACGCCCCAAUUUUUGGUGUUGAUGGUAAUGGGCUCGUAAACAUCUGGAAUAAGAAAGCCGCAGAAAUCACGCAGUACACGCCCAGUGCUGUGAUGGGUGAAAAUCUGGUAGAAAAGUUCAUCACGGAAGACUACCGUGAGGCAGUUGGCCUCGUUCUAUCGGAAGCUCUCAAAGGCGUUGAAACUGCAAACUUCGAGUUUCCAUUGAUGACAAAGGCUGGAAGGCGUGUGGAGAUUUUAUUAAACGCUACUUCGCGGUUUAAUGAACACGGAGAAGUGAUUGGUAUGGUCGGAAUCGGCCAGGACAUCACAGACCGCAUUGCGCAGGAACACGAGUAUAGUCGACUCAUUGAUACGGCCAACGCUCCGAUUUUUGGUGUAGACUCAAAUGGGCGUGUAAACAUUUGGAAUCGGAAGGCUGCCGAUAUUAUGCAAUAUACAAAUGAGGACGUGUUAGGCAAAGACUUAGUUGCUGAAUUUAUAUCAAAUGAAUACAAGAUACCUGUGCGAAGCGUUUUAGAGAAGGCAUUUCAAGGUGUGGAGACGGCAAAUUUUGAGUUUCCAUUGAUCACGAAGGCUGGCCGUCGCGUGGAGAUUUUAUUGAAUGCUACACCGCGCUACAAUGAGCACGGCGAGGUGAAGGGUAUGGUUGGCAUUGGCCAGGAUAUCACAGAACGCAUAGCUCAAGAACAGGAGUACAGUCGUUUGAUCGAUACAGCGAAUGCCCCAAUCUUUGGUGUUGAUGCAAACAUGUGUGUCAAUAUUUGGAAUCGGAAAGCAGCACAAAUCACAAAUUAUGCAAUUGAGGAAGUUAUGGGUGAGAAUCUUGUGGAGACAUUUAUCUCGCCCGAGUUCAGGCCAAUUGUAGCUGAGGUAUUAUCACAAGCUUUAAGAGGUCUUGAAACGGCAAACUUUGAGUUUCCAUUGAUUACUCGUCCAGGAACGCGAAUUGAGAUCUUACUAAAUGCAACACCAAGGUAUAAUUCAAAUGGCAGUAUUGUUGGCGUUGUCGGUAUUGGUCAAGAUAUCACAGAUCGUAUUGCCCAAGAGCAUGAGUAUUUCCGACUAAUUGAUACCGCAAAUGCUCCCAUCUUCGGUAUCGAUACAAAUGGCUGCAUCAACGAGUGGAACCAGAAGAUCGAAGAGAUCACAGGUUAUCACAAGUCAAGCGUGCUAGGCCUUUCUCUGGUUCACACAUUCAUCAUCCCGGAAAGCAGACAGCAGGUUCGUCAAUUGCUGAAUCAAGCACUGAUUGGUAUUGAUGUCGGCGAGAUGGAGCUUCCGAUGACAACGAAGCGUGGCGUUUUCCUGCUGCUUCUUGUGAAUGCGUCCAGCAAAAAAGACAUGCACGGAAACAUUCGUGGUGUGAUAGGUGUUGGACAAGACUACACGGCGAGGAAGCAUAUGGAGGCUGCUAAGGUAAAUUUUUUGGCCUCUUUUAGUCACGAACUGCGGACACCAUUGAAUGGUGUACUGGGAAUGCUGGAGCUGUUAAAGGAACAGCCGUUGGACAAGGCACCUGAGCGCUAUGUGCACAUGGCAUAUGUGUCGGGAUCGCUUCUUUUAAACCUGAUUAACGACAUAUUAGACUUGUCAAAAAUUGAGGCUGGACAUUUGGAAAUUUCUGCCGCUCCGUUUCAAAUGCACGAACUUUUGGACUAUUCGAUCGAGAUUUUCAAGUUCAAGGCCCGAGAACGCGGACUUAAACUUGAUCUAAAGUAUGACGAUAAUGUACCGAAAGUUGCUAUUGGCGAUGUUGUGCGCCUUCGUCAAGUUCUGUUGAACUUGCUGUCAAAUGCGAUUAAGUUCACAAAUGAAGGCUCGAUUACCGUCACGUGCAGUGUUGUGUACACUCCUGAGCUGCCAAAAACGUUUAAGAAGCUCCUGUUCCAGGUCAUCGAUACAGGAAUUGGCAUGGAUGCAGAGGAAAAGAUGCGUCUCUUUUCACUGUUUACGAAACUGGAACGCACACGCCAGAACAAUCCCACGGGCUCUGGAUUAGGUCUUGCUAUUUGUAAGCAGCUUGCGGAGCUUAUGGAUGGCCAAAUUGGUGUUGACAGUGAGCUUGACGUCGGCAGCAACUUCUAUUUUACCGUUGUGGUUCGUUUGCUCGAUGACACCGAUGCUAAGGGGUUAUUUUAUACAGCAAAUGACUUGCUAACGGAUGCAUCUGACGCUACACCUUCCAUGGACACAUCGAAUGUGAAUUCGGGUGACAGUGUGACAAGCGCAGCUGCCGGUGGUGCGGCAAACAACGCGAAAGUUGUGAUUCCGAGGCAGGCAAGAAUUUUGGUUGUGGAAGACAAUGAGUUCAAUUGGGAGGUAGUAAAGUGUUUCCUUCAAGAAGCGGAUCAUCUACUACAGUGGGAAGUGAACGGUCGUGAUGCGGUAAAAGCUUACAAAUGGAAUCAUACCAAGUUUGACUUGAUCUUUAUGGACUGCGAGAUGCCUGUAAUGGAUGGCUACACCGCUACGAAAACAAUUCGUCAGUUUGAGUUAGAGAAUAACCUACCGCGCAUUCCCGUUCUAGGCCUGACUGCCUACGCCAUGAGUGGAGACCGACAGAAAUGCUUGAGCUCCGGUAUGGAUGAGUUCAUGGUAAAACCUAUCUCGAAGAAUAGCUUACUCAAAGCAAUUCGGCAAUGGAUGCGUGUUCGCUAUCUUAUACCUCAAUCUUCCAUUCCUUCGACUGUUGGGUCGAAUGAUUGUAAUCGUGCAAGCUCGGAAUGUGCUAGCGCAAAUAAUGCCGUACCAGGAUCAGUCUCUUCACCAGCGUCAUCGAGAGGCCUCGGAGUAGACGAGUCGGAUCUUGUUCCGGGGACGUCACCGACCCCGCGCCCGUCGUUUGACAGCGAUGCGGAAGAUACGGACCUCUUUAGCGCAUCACUGGAUUCCAAUUCUAGACUGGCGCCUGCCUCUCGUCAUAUGCAACAACUUGAUCUGGCGCGCGCAAUCUCGAAUUUGGAGCUGGAUGAUCCAAUGGCUAUAAGACGUCAGGUUGGUCCUACUGUGCGCACCGCAGUGCCUACGACGUCGAUCUUCAGUUUGGGCUCGUCGAUUGGUAACAGUACUCGUUCUAGCGGCCUUUUGAAUCUUCAGCGUGACACGGGCGGGGCUAUUGUUGAUAUUCCGGACUGGAAGCAAAUCAACAAGACGUCUGCAACGUUGCCUAACAUGAAGGACAAAUUACUAGAUCAUGCCGAGACUUCGGACCAGGUGUCUUCCCUUAGUAAUCCGACAUUAUGGAGCCACCCACCUUUUAUGGGAGGCAAAAAGGACUCCUCGACCUCACCAUCUCCGUCGCAGCAGCCUAUGUCUCCAAGUGGUGCUUCAGAUGGCAAGAGUUCUCGAGUUGUUACUGAAGGAGGUCGGAAUGGAAGCUCUCCCUUGAGCUCGCAACAAUUUGACUUCGAUAAAAGCUUGGACGAGCAUCCAUCAGGAGACCCAGUUGCUGCUAUACUAGAGCGUCUGAAUAUCAGUAGCCCAGCCGCUAGAAGUGGCACUCGAGGCCAACCAAGCGUUGACCACGCAACAAGUGCAACCAUUGAGGGCGAAGCUGCCGCGCGCGUAACGAUGGAUCCUACCAGCAUUAUCAUUCCUGAGGGCGACCCAGUCGACUAUUCGUUGGGUGUGGAGCAAUGCGGCGGCCAUGAAGAGCUCUUCUUGAGUCUGCUGGAGAAGUUCACAGUGAGCUGUGAUGCAAUCAUGUCACGUAUUGUAGCAGCCUACAAUGAAGGCAACAUCGCUGUUACGCGGCGAGAAUCUCAUUCGCUAAAGGGGUCCUCAGCGUAUGUUGCAGCAAUGCGUGUUUCAAAGGCGGCAUUUCGCGUUCAAAUUGCUUGUGAGCAGCUACAGCAGCAGCAAUCAGAGGUUGGCUCACGUCCAACUGAUGCGCUCUCACUGAAGCAAUCACUGAAUGAUGCGAUCACAUUGCUCAAGAAGGAGCACAGACAUUUGCGUGGGUAUCUCAGCCGCAACUUUGAAUUCCGAAGUAGCGGAAGUGCUUCUUCUGUUGCCACCUUGCAUGCCCAGAAUUCAACGCAUGACCGUGCUAAUGGACCCUGCGGGAUCAUGUAA